CCACAUACCCAUAAAAAUAAUCAGACAGGUGAUGAUGAUGUCAAGCUUUGGUCACAUGACCACUGGGAUUCUGGAUGGAGGCGUUUAAAAGGAGGCUUCUUAAGGACGGGAAAGCAGACACAUUGAGCUAAGCAUCUGCUGAGCGCAACCAUAACAAGAAGGAAAGAAGCUGCAAGACAAACUGCUGUCAACUGCCACCAUGAAGACCACACUUGCCACUAUCGCUGUCCUGGUCCUGGUUCUCGGCUUGACCUCUGAAGCUGUGCAAGUUGAAGAAAAUGGACUGUCUUUUUCCCUUGAAGCCGUCAAGAGGCUUCAGGAGCUGACGGAGGCCAGAACCAUGACAGGACAGCAAAGCCCUCGACUCAAGGCGAGCACCAUGUCCCUCUGUGCCGAGCCCAUGCUCCCGCAGGAAUUCCUGCCCCUCUGUAAGCAGAGAGGAGCAUCUGCAUCUCUUGUCAGAUUAGCUGCUGUACCCGCAGACGUCUGUGAGAUCUGUGCAUUUGCUGCCUGCACUGGUUGCUAAAUGUACCCAACAAGUAAAACACAUCUUUCCUCGCUUAAUACAUAUUAUUCCCUUUUUUUUUAAUCCCCUUCAAAACAUUUUCAGGGAAUUUCCAAGAGUUUUCUUUUACGAGUAAUUAUAAGACAAAGACUUUAUCCCUGAAGUUCUGGCAUUUUUAACCAACUGAUAAUCUAAAAAUGGCCCACUAAAGACAAAAGUCAGACUGAGGAAUGUUUUGCAAACUGUUACCUUUUUAUUGUUUGGCAGACAGCUCAUUUCUGCAUGUUUUUAUUUUUGGAUUUUAUAUGGUUUGUUACAUUUAUCUGACC